GUGGCGGGCGGGGCGGCGGAGCCGGGGCCGCGGAGCCGCGAGCGGCCAGCGCAGCGCCGCCAGUCCGCCCGCCCGCCCUCUCCCCGGCACGGCGGUGGAGAGGCGAGGGUUCUGACAACUGUACCAGCUCUUCGGAAUAUUAUAUGACACUACAUCAUGAGUGACAGUAAAUGUGAUAGUCAGUUUUACAGUGUGCAAGUGGCAGACUCAACUUUCACUGUCCUAAAACGUUACCACCAGUUGAAACCGAUUGGCUCUGGAGCCCAAGGAAUUGUUUGUGCUGCUUUUGAUACAGUUCUUGGGAUAAAUGUUGCAGUCAAGAAACUAAGCCGUCCUUUUCAGAAUCAGACUCAUGCAAAGAGAGCUUAUCGCGAACUUGUCCUCUUAAAAUGUGUCAAUCAUAAAAAUAUAAUUAGUUUGUUAAAUGUGUUUACACCACAAAAAACUCUAGAAGAAUUUCAAGAUGUGUAUUUGGUUAUGGAAUUAAUGGAUGCUAACUUAUGUCAGGUCAUUCAUAUGGAGUUGGACCAUGAAAGAAUGUCCUACCUUUUGUACCAGAUGCUCUGUGGUAUUAAACAUCUGCAUUCAGCUGGUAUAAUUCAUAGAGAUUUGAAACCUAGCAACAUCGUAGUGAAAUCAGACUGCACCCUUAAGAUCCUUGACUUCGGCCUGGCACGGACAGCAUGCACCAACUUUAUGAUGACGCCCUAUGUGGUAACACGGUACUAUCGGGCACCAGAAGUCAUCCUGGGCAUGGGCUACAAAGAGAACGUGGACAUCUGGUCUGUCGGGUGCAUCAUGGCAGAAAUGGUCCUCCAUAAAGUCCUGUUCCCAGGAAGAGACUAUAUUGAUCAGUGGAAUAAAGUUAUUGAGCAGCUGGGAACACCGUCUGCAGAUUUCAUGAAGAAACUCCAGCCAACUGUGAGGAAUUAUGUAGAAAACAGACCAAAGUAUCCUGGAAUCAGAUUUGAAGAAUUGUUUCCAGAUUGGAUAUUCCCAUCAGAAUCUGAACGAGACAAAAUAAAAACAAGUCAAGCCAGAGACUUGCUAUCAAAAAUGUUAGUGAUUGACCCCGACAAGCGGAUCUCUGUAGAUGAAGCUCUGCGUCACCCUUAUAUUACGGUUUGGUAUGACCCUGCUGAAGCAGAAGCGCCACCACCUCAAAUUUAUGAUGCCCAGUUGGAAGAAAGAGAACAUGCAAUUGAAGAAUGGAAAGAGCUAAUUUACAAAGAAGUAAUGGAUUGGGAAGAAAGAAGCAAGAAUGGUGUUGUAAAAGAUCAGCCUUCAGAUGCAGCAGUAAGUAGCAACGCCACUCCUUCUCAGUCGUCAUCUGUCAAUGACAUUUCAUCCAUGUCCACUGAGCAGACGCUGGCCUCAGACACAGACAGCAGUCUCGAUGCCUCGACGGGGCCUCUUGAAGGUUGUCGAUGAUGAGUUAGAAACAGCAAGCAUGUCAUCAGUGAAGGAACUCACGCUUCCAUGGGCCUAAAAUACUUGGGAGUUGAUGGAACCAAAUAGAAAAACUCCAUGUUCUGCAUGUAAGAAACAUGAUGCCUUGCCCCUACUCAGUUCCAAUAGGAUUGCCUGCUUAGAUUAUAAGAUGAAGCAGAUUAUAUCUGAAUAAGAAAAGUGCUAGUCACACUUGUAGAGAUUUAUUUUCAAGGUCAUUUCAGGUGAGCAAUUAGGAUAGAUGAAUUUUUUAAAAAGUUGUGCGGUAAUAGUAGUGACAAUUCCUCAUCCUCAGUAACUGUUGAGACUUACAUGCAUGUGACCACAAAUGCCUGCUCGGACUUACCGUCUAGCACUUUGGAAAUCAGUAUUUAAAUGCCAAAUAAUCUUCCAGGUAAUGCUGCUUCUAGAAUUAUCUCUUAAUCCUCUUAAGUAAUUUGGUGUCUGUCCAGAAAAAAUAGAUUUAUGUGUAUUAAUUGGCCACCAUCAUAUUAUCAUAUCUUACCUUCUUUUAUGCUAUGAUUUAUUCUGUCUUUUGUAUUUCAGAAGGAAUAUAAUUAAAUCUAUUUAAUAAAAAUAAUAACUUUUCUUAAAUUUGUCAUGUUUUGGGCUGAGAAUUAUCACUGCUAAAACCAAGACACUUUGUUUUCUCUAAAUUGUCUUAGUCUGGAGGAUUGUACAUUCAGCUUUACUGCAUGAUAAAAUUUUAAGUUUUGUUUUGUGCUGCUUAAGACAUACACCUUUAAAAUCCUAUCCUAUCCCUUUUCUCUUGGUCUUCUGGACUUAUUAUUUAUUUAAAAUGCUACCUAGAACUUCACCUUCUCUAUUAGCCACCUGACACUCCAUGUCAAUAAUAUGAUGGCAGAUAGAUUCCUAAGUCCAUUACCUGCUGUUGGGGUAGAAUCUUACAUAGUGACCACUAAGUGAUGGCAGUCACUUCCCAGGUGCUUGCUUCGCCAAGGCUGGGCUGGUUCCUUCCUUAGCGUCUGUCACUCGGGGUAGGAUACACGAUGUUCCAAGGCAGCAUCUCCCUUUUCCCAUAUAGCAGGCACACUGGGUUUUCUUUCUUUGUGAAAGAGCCCACAUAACUACCCCUUUGGUCUGUUUCAGGAGGCAGGGCUGCUUCAGAGUGCCUAUUGUUGUUGUUUUCUGCUCUGUGGAGGCACUUCCUUUUCCUAAGGGAAAUCCAUGAAUGUUCUGGGGAAGCUCUUCAGAGGGAUACAGAGGAAAUGCCCUAAAGAGUAGUGAUUAGCUAUUGAAUAUUUUCUGAUUUAAAACUGCUCACCUGAAAUUGAUACUUUCAGACUUUCUGAUAUGGAAAUUAUUCAGCAGUCACUAAGAUACCGAGUAUUGAAGUGUCCCUGCAGAAGUGGAGUACGAGGGUCACGUUUUGACCGCUUGUGUUCAUAAUGCUUUCCCCUUGAGCUUGUUCUGUUACAGAUUCAUAUCUUAUGUUUACUUUGGAAGCUAUUGGGUCAACAUUGUUCGCAUUCUAUAGAAUGUGUUCUGAAAAGGAAGUUUGAUAAGAAAGUUAUAUUAUAAAUAUUAUCUAAAAUAUGUGAUUCUCUCUGCACCAGUUGCAUCUUAUUGGUUGGUCUCAUCACUGGAAACUGGAACCCUUGAUAAACAAAAUUAAUAUUGAAAUAAUAGUUUUACAUUGUGAGGUUUAGACACAUUUCAUAUACAAGAUGGAAAUACUAACUUGGAUUGAGGCAGAAACACCUAUUAUAUGGCUCGGGAUUAUUUUGGUUUUAGAUGCCUGAUGGUAUAGUGAAGAAAGUUAUGGCUAUACAUAUAUAAACAUCUUAAAAUGGCCUUUUCUCUAAUAUACAUUGUUUAAAAAGACUUGACUAAACCUGUCUUUAAAAAGAAAAACAAAGAAAGGGGAGAAUUUUAAAAAUGCUUUCUCUGCCUUAGGCUUAUGUAAGGGCAGUGCGGGGGUGCUGAGGGCGCAUCGAGGGUGUGCUUACCAGGCACCAUUUGUGAGUGGGCUAGGAGCCCCGCACAUGGGCUUUCCGUCCACUUGUUCCUUGGCAUGUUCACGGAUGGAGCCCGUGUCAGUGUGGACAGGUUUCCUGCCCAGACCACCUUCUGUCAGGUAGCAGCAGGUGCACCUCGGACAGGCCACAGGCUGCAGAUGACAGAGCUCCAUAGAAAUACCUCACCCCAGUCCAGGGUCCUCCUCCUGAGCCAAGAUGUGCCAGGUCCUGGUGCAGUGCAAAUGGUUUCAAACUGCUUUCUGUGGAUGAAUGCUGAUGUCAGAUAAAGAACUGAAAAUGUACUCAACUUUUUCAUCUUUUCUAUUUUAUUUUUGUAAUUUAUAUUGUACACAACCCUGGAAGUAACUAUUUUGAACACAUAUUUUUAUAAACCAGCUAAUUUAUUAUUAGCCUGGAAUUUGGACUAGGUUUGUUUUGUUCGUUGGCUUAGUUUUCAGUCAAAAAGGAAAUGACUGCCUCCGGGUGUGUUGGGUCUCGAUUUCAAGUGCAGGUUCCGAAGAGCAGGCAGGGUCUCCCAGAGUAGGAGGGCAGUCUAGAAACACAAGCUGCUAGCUGCGGAUCUGCUGUGGUCAUGGCGAUGGAAGUAGGGCUCCGUUUUUGUCUUUGGGAUGUGAAACUCAGAGCUGCAGUGCUGAAAGGAGAUCCCCUCGCAGGCCCCUUCCUGACACCCAGGGCCCGGAGUUGAAACACUGAAUGGGAUACUGGUUUAAUCUGGAUUUGACACUGUGUAAGUCAUGGUAAUGAUGUAUGAGUUCCUCUGGUUGAUCGCUAAUGUAACUCCUCUGGUAUUUCAUACUGAUAGUGAAUACAGCUGUGACCUUUCAGAUUGCAUAUCUCAAAAGUAACAUUGCCUCAUGUUUUAUAAUAAAAUAUAUUAUGUGUGUUUUGAUUGGUGAAAAUAAUACAGAUACAUUUUAAAAGAGAACUGUAUAGCUUGUCCAAUUUUUGUGUGUUUUAUGUGACGACUGUAUAUUUCUACAUCACUAUCUCUGAUUACAGAUUUAACAUGAAUAUGG